AUGGAACACAAAGAUAUUUGCAAUCAUAGUUGCCAUGUCACCAGCAUCAAUAAAUCUGUUUGUCAAACUUUAUCCGAAAUGGAUUGGGAAAGAGGAAUUUGGAAUGCAGCGUAUUCUGGAGACAGAGAGAGAGUAGUCCAAUUGAUACAAAAGAGUAGAAAUGUUGUGGAUACUGUAAAUGCCUUAGAUAAUGCUGGCUAUUCUGCAUUACACUAUGCAGCAAGAAAUGGUCAUGUUGAAGUCUGUCAAAUUCUUAUUAAGAAAGGGGCUUCAUUAAAUGUACAAACUAAAAGUGGAAAAGCUACCCCGUUACAUAAGGCUGUUGCAACAGGCAAAAAUUCCACAGUCAAGUUCCUCAUAGAAUCUGGUGCAAAACUCGACAUAUUGGAUGAUGAUGGAAAAAGCUUGCUUCAUAAAGCUGUUGAAUAUAAUCACAUGGAUUUAGUUGAUAUUUUGAUUAAGGCAUGUCCUGCUCUUGAAAGUAUCAAAAACAACAAGGGAUUAUUGCCAUCAGAAUAUAAUUGA